UCAAUCAAUCUGCUUUUUUUGCUCUGAAUAUCAAGAUUCUCAUAAUAUUUUUAAUUAAAUAUUCAUACCAAGGCUCCGUAUUACACAUUUGCUAGUUCUUAGUUUUGCUCUCGUAUGUUAUCAAAAAUAACCCUGGAAAUAUUGUUCUGAUUAGGUGUUUUAGAGCCAAAAAUAUACAUGAAAGUUGCUAAGAAAUCGAGUUUUUGUUUUCCUUUGAUCACUCAUGUGCAAUGUAAUGUGCUAGUUUGCUAAUUUUCCUGUACUUUGUAUCGGUCCUCGACCAUGAAAUCCAGCAAACGAAGACUUCAAGCGCUUACGGAAGGUUCUGAUGGACUGCCUAAUUAUAUCAAAAUGGAAGAUUCAGAAAUUUCUUUACCACCAGCACUAAGAUCUCGUUUACAUGAACUGUUUUCGCAAAUAGAAAAAGAGUUUGACCUUCUUUACACUGAAAAUUUAAAUUUGCAAGAAAAAAUUGAUUUUCUUAGUGAAAAAUUGGAGCGAGAGAGCUAUAUAGGAGAUAAACCGAAUCAAGAUCUGAUUGAAUUUGAAACAACUGGAAAGAAUUCAAAAGUUAAAUUAUCUCAAAGUAACUCGCAGAAGGUGAAAGCAAGUCACAAGCUUAGAGUUCAGACGAGCAAGAUAGUCUCCAGUUUCAAAGCUCCCACAUACAACUGUCAGCUUGUGAGAGAGUUCACUGGACAUAAGGAUGGUAUCUGGGAUGUCUCUACAGCUAGACCAGGGCAAGCACUUAUUGGAACAGCUUCAGCAGAUCACACAGCAUGUAUAUGGAGUGUAGAGUGGGGCAAGUGCUUGUUGCAGUACACAGGACAUUCGGGAUCUGUCAAUUCCAUCCGAUUCCACCCAACAAGAGAUAUUGCACUCACCAGCAGUGGUGAUAACACUGCACAUGUUUGGCAAGCUGCUGUCAAUUGGGAUCUACCGCGUGGUCAGUCUUCGGAAGAAGAAUUAGAAGGUGGUGGUGAGGAGAGUCUAGGAGAGGGUGGAGAUAGACCUGAAGUAUUAAGAACACCGCUCACAGAGCUGACAGGGCAUAUUGGUGUGGUUGUAGCAGCGGACUGGCUGACCGGUGGUGACCAUGUGAUCACAGCAUCUUGGGACAGGACUGCUAAUUUGUAUGAUGUGGAAACUGGUGAUUGCUUACAAAUUCUCACAGGACAUGACCACGAGCUGACGCAUGCAUCAGCACACCACAGUUCCCGGCUGGUGGUGACGGCAUCAAGAGACACCACUUUCCGUCUGUGGGACUUCCGUGAACCUAUACACUCGGUAUCGGUAUUCCAAGGACACACUGAGAGCGUGACGUCAGCAGUUUUCACUCGCGAGGACAAAGUUGUCUCAGGCUCUGAUGAUAGAUCUGUCAAGGUGUGGGACGUACGCAACAUGCGCUCCGCGCUGGCCACCAUCCGGUCGGACUCAUCAGUGAACCGCGUGUGCGUGAGCGGCGCCGGCCUCAUCGCCAUCCCGCACGACAACCGCCAGGUGCGCCUCUUCGACCUGCAGGGCCAGCGCCUCGCCCGCCUGCCUCGCUCCAGUCGACAGGGUCAUCGUCGCAUGGUGACGUCAGUGGCGUGGGCGGAAGAGAUUUCCAACAUCAAUUUCUUCAGCUGCGGCUUCGACCGCCGCAUCCUUGGCUGGUCUAUCCAGCCCUCCAAGGACAAUUAAUGGAUGACCAUAUCAUAUAGACUUUGACGUGUUUGUCGUCUCUUGUGAAACUAUACUAUUUACGAGUAUUUGUGUUUGAACACAGUGUAGUGUAUUUUUUUGUUGCAAAGAAAGUGACUUUUAGUAUUAACAGCUUAUAAAGUAACUGAACUAAAAUUGAUGACAUGCACUUACAGUUAGCAUAAUUAAACCAGGCUUACAGUUUAAUUUGUACAGUCGGUGAAUUUAGCGGUUUUCCACUUUAAAAGUAGUCAGUUGAACAUUAUGGACAAUAACCAACUCGGAAUGGGACAUAACUUUAUAUGUCUGUAUACAAAGUUCAAUGGUAAGUGGCUAAUUUAUUUUUAUAUUUCACUUUCAGAAAGAUUAGUCUUGUAAACAAAUCUUUCUGAAAGUGAAACACCGCGGAUUUCCACGAUUGUACCUUUAUAGAGUUUUGAUUUGCAUUAGUUGUGAGUCACUGGCAGCUUAUUGGCACCCAGUUAUAAUACACUGUAGUGAGCUGUUAGCUGCUAAUUUAGUUGAGACGCAGCCCAAUGGUUAAAGACUAACAGCCUUACAAAUAAACGCGAUAUAAAGUUAAACUUAGGUAUAAACUGAGUAUAAGCAAUUAAUUGCUAUAACUGAGUAUAAGCGUUUAUUUGUAAGGCUGUAAGUACAUUGAUAUUUUCAACUGGACGACGAAUUAUAAGAUUUGAUUAAUUAAAUAUUCUCUUGUUUGAUUGCCCUUACUGUAUUACAUUAAGGGAGUCAGUGGUUUAGGGACUGAUAGAGAUGUAUGGAAAAGCAGCACAUACUGUUCCGACUCCAUAAGGGAUAAGGGAAAGUUGACGACGAUGAUGAUGGUGGUUAAGGGACUCUGAGUGGCAGUUAGUUUACUGAAAUCUCUUGCAGAGGCAGUAAUGAUUUGUUACUACAUAAUUGUAACUUAGCAAGGGUUUGUGGAAUAAUAAAAACUAUUUUUAUUAUAUUAAUAAACUGGAAUCAUUAAAUGUUGCUUUAAAAAUCACAUUUUCUUGAUACUAUUGGUUUUGUAAAAUACCUUUAUAUUGAAACGGUUAAAAAGUGAUAAGGAUGCCUUUUAAAUUUCUUAAGCUGUUUAUUUUAAAGACUUUUAGAGCCUGUUCCACCACUGCCUGAUAGUCUCAGAUAGCUUAAAAAUGACGUCACUGUCAGAAUGUAACCAAUAUUUUACACUUUGGGUGGUUAUCGGACAAUUUGUUAUAUGGUGGGACAGGCCCUUAUUUAUUUUUCUCCAUUUUAAACAUUGAAGUUGUAUUGUUUCAGUAUUGAUAUAAUUUAGAAGUAAGUUUGUUUAUAUGUGUAUCUUAGGUUUUUAAAAUGUUGUUAGAAAUAAUAUUCUGUGAUUUUAAAAAGGAAACUAUAAAAAGUUAUUUGGUAUGUUAACAUCUUUAUUUCUUCAUAUUUAUUCUCUUGUCUUUUGUUUAUAAUUAUGGUGGUUAAGUAAUCAAGAGAGAGUGUUUUUUCUUUAAUAAUAUUAGUUAAAAACAAAAUAUAUUAAGUACUAGUUAAAUUAAUUAUUGUAUGAUCAAUAUAAGAAAUAGCGGGAGAGAGUUACUUAGUAAAGUUAUAUAGGGACUUCGUAACUUAGAUAAAAGCUAAAUGUCUCCUACUAAAGUAAAUUAGCCUUUAUUAUUUUGGGACGGUUAACACAAUUGAUGUAGGUAUUAUCUUAUUUUCAGUGAUUUUUAAUAGUAAUAAAAAACAUACAAGAGAAGAUACAUUUUUGCUUAAUAUUUAUAUAAAGUAAGUGAAAUUAUUCAUUUCUUAAUUUUUAUUUAAAUUUGCUUAAGAUAUAUGUCCUAUGUACGGUAAUAACAUAACAAUUAUUAUGUAAAGUGUUAAAUUGUUGAUUUUUAAUAUUUGAUUAUUAGAGUAAAAUAUAUUUAAUAGUUCUCGCCUCUGUAUAUUCUACAAAGUAAUUUUAAUAAAAUCAAGUAUAGAUUAUAACAAUGUUCUACACGUAAAUUACCGCUUUUUUUGUAGUGGCGUCAUUGUUUAAAACUCAAAUAAUAUGUUAAUUUUUUGCUAUAAAUGUAAUACUGUGGAGAAAUCAUUAGACAAAACAUAUCUUUAAUUGUAAUGUAUUUGACGAACAAGUUAUGUAGUAUAUAGUCUACCUAGUCAACAAGAAACAGUUUGUUGUGAACCAAAGAGCUCAAAACGACUUUUAUUAACGAACUUCUAAAGACAGUGUUGCCCUCUCGAUAAAUAGAUAAUUCAAUAUUUGUUUCAUUUGUUCAAUAAAAUAAAAUAUGUGAAUACAGAAUAUCAUUUCACAAUUAAUUUUAAAUACGUUUUAUUAGGUGUUUGUUUUAAAAGAAAAAUGAUUUAUUUAAUAAAGUCAAUAUUUAUUACAGUAAUAUAUUAAAAUUAUAAUAUUUUUAUAACAUUCAUAAAGGUAUAAGGUAAUCUUAUUAACUGUCGUGUAGGUAUUAACUUGGUAGUGCCUGCAAAUUUUAGAUUCACAUAUUUUUGGAUUGUCAACUCUGUACGUAAAGUAUUUAUAAAUAACUGUUUAUAGACGUUUAAUAUUUUAGUUUUAACUGGUAGUAAGGUUUUCAGAUAGGACAGUUUCCAUCACUUCAUUAAAUUUCAUUGACAUAAUGUUCAGGAAUUAUUACACCUGUGAAAAGAUCUUAAUAAAAUUAUAGCAAGACUAUUGGAUAGCAUAAUAUAUGAACUGCUCAUAGCACCCAAAUGUAACGUAAUGUAUGCCCCAGUUACUAAUGAAAGGAUCUGAAUAUUUUUGUUAUGCCAAUUAUGGUAAAUAAAAUGUAAAGUAAA